CGGCUCGACGACGCCGUGCACCUCCUCUACUCCAUGUUGUGGAGGAUCUCUCGAAAGGGCUGCGACGCUGACGUCGUCGUCUACCGCACGCUCCUUGAGUCCCUCUGCGCCGCAGGAAGGGUCGAAUUGGCGGAGGAGAUACUUGGCAAGGUGCUGAAGAAGGGGCUCAGGUCGCCGCGAGCGAGACAAGCGUUCCAAAGGCCGGUUCUUUCCAUCGCGGCUAACCUGGAGGAGAUGAAGAGGAUAAUUGACGAGGCGCUUGUGGUGCGUGGGAUUAGAAGCCUCGCGAGCUAUGAUGCCAUGAUAACAGAUUUGUAUGCGGAGAGUGAGUUUACUCACGCUGGUAAGAUGCUUGAUGAAAUGACACAGAAGGGAUUUAGACCGCCGAUAUCCAUCUAUGAGGCAAAGAUAGCUGCGCUUUGCAGGGAAGGGAGGGUGGAGGAUGGAAUGAGAGUGUUGGAGGUGGAAAUUGUGGAGAGUGGAUGUGUGCCUACGGUGAGAUCCUAUAACCUGGUGAUGGAGGGGCUUUGCAUGAAAGGGGAAUCGACAAGAGCAAUGGGUUAUCUGGAUAGAAUGGAUAAACAGCUUGGUUGUGUUGCCCCGAAACAGUCAUAUGAGAUUCUGGUGACUGGUUUCUGCGCUGAAGGACUUUAUCUUGAGGCGGCUCAUGUCUUGGAGAAGAUGCACAAGAGGAAAUAUUGGCCCGAGUGUACAAUUUUUGUUAGUGUGAUUCAAGGACUCUGCUCCAUUGGAACUAUGUAUGAAGCCCUAUUAUGGCUUGAGGAAAUGAUCAGCCAAGGAAAGAUUCCGGUGGCUUCUAUGUGGAGCUCAUUGGUAUCUAUGCUGUUUGGUGCGCCAAAGAUUGAAAAUGAUCCAUACAUGGCUUCUCUGCUGCAUGAUUUAUUAGCCGUUGAUUGAAGAACUUUUGUAAGUUCUACUUUCACCAUCAAGUUUAAAAAUACUAUUGCUUAAUGAACACUCAGAUAAGUAUAUAGCUGCAGUUUUCUCUACAAUUCAGCCUAGAAUUUGCCAAUGUUCACUUUUUAACAUAUUUAUGUAAAAGUAGAAUUGGUUAAUUUUAUUUCAAGGAAGAUGUAAGAUGUACAGUUACUAUUACUAAAUUUGUUGUACCUUUUGCUUACUUAACAUUUGAUAUAUUCCAAGUGUGUUUCUGAGAAAACAACUAGAAAAUAAUAAGAUCAAUACAUACUACCUUCUUGCACACAGUUAUGCUGGUUUUCAGGUGGUUCGCUGCCUGCAAUUUCGGUAGCAAAUCAGACCUCUACACCUGUCCCAUAAGUAUAACUACCUCAGAAAGUUGGUUACAUAAUAUCUGUUCAUAUAUAUGCAUUUACAACAGUGUAAGGAGACGGGACAGAAAAUGAACUUCCUCACCUAUCUUUUAUUCUUCGGUGUUCCUUUUAUCUCUAAGCUUGCAGGUUACAUGUUCAUCUUUCGCUUUGGCUUCGAACUUCAGGAUAUGCAAAAGAAGCUUCAGCAGCAGAACAGAGGUCUUAGCAAGGCUGAACAGAUGCUGAUUGGUCUUUUCAACAGAAAAAGGUGAAUGUUAAAUUAAAUUUGGCUGAUGUUUUUUUAUUUGACAAGUAGUUUUCCUCCACCCUUGCUCAUGAUAUUAAUAUUUUCAAGGUUGGAAAUCUUGCUUGAAAAGAAUAAGAUUUUACGUUUCCAUUGCAUGGGAAACUCUUGCCAUGCUUAUGACUAUUUAAAGCAUAUGAUCAUUAUUCCAGGGGCUAUGUUGCAUCAGAGUUCAUAGGCGAUUUAUGGUUAUGAUCAGAAUCUUCAGUCUCGAAAUCUUAUCAGCAAAGCCAAGUUCUAUAUAUUUUAUCGCCGCACUCAGUUCAUCUCUGAAGUUUUGAUAUGGAUAUCUUUGGUUGUAAUCAACGCACAAGAGUAAAUAGACUUGUUGUGGCGACGCAUAACUAUUAAUUUGACUUCUUAUGAAUCGAUGGAUGAUCUUAGAACUGUCAAAACGGCACGGUGAAGAAGGAGGAGGAGGACAAAGCUGCUCUGGAACAGGGAGGAUAAACAUUUCCUUCAUUUCUCAACCUUUGGAGCAGCCGCAGCAACAACAAUUCAAAGCUACCAUAGAUCCACAAUACACCCUACACCUUCCAUCAUCUUCUUGGAGACGGCCUUCGGUGCUACCUUCAACAUUUUCUCGGGCACCUCCAUUUUCUGGCGACAUGUUAUUAGGCUUGCCGCCCACCACAAAUCAACCCACCAAAAUUGGUCACCGGCGGCGAUCAAGUCCAAGCUGAUGACCACCUCCUACAGUCAAGAUUACUUGAAUUCCUCUAUCGUUGACAUCAUCACCGAAUUGCCGGCAACGCCUUAUGUAUGCAGCAAUAUCAGGUAUGUGGUGGGCAAAGCUCCUAAUUUUAUGAUAUGUUAUGAGCCCAAAGAAGAUUUUACUGCUUUGGAAACGAGACAGAAUUAAUUUCUUAAUGCUGUUCCAGAUAUAUAUGACUAAAGUUGAUGAAAUUAGUAUAUUUUUCAA